AUGUCACAAAGAGAAGGCGUUCACAGAAGUGUAGACAACGUAGACAAGAAUGUUAUUGAUUCUCCUCACAAUACAAACGCUCCUAAAUGGAACAAUAACCCGCAGUGCAAUGGCGGUGCGGUGAUGGAUGGCGAGGGGGGGGAGGCGGGCGCGGGGGAGUGUGCGGGGCGGGGCGCGGCGCUCGAGCGAGCGUACGUGCACGACGUGUACGAGCAGGCGGGCGAGGAUGAGCCUGCGCCGCCCGCGCCCGCCGUCCGCUCCUUCCUCGCCGACCUCGAGCCCGGCAGCCUCGUGUGCGACGUGGGUUGCGGCAACGGCAAGUACCUGAGCGUGAACCCGUCAGUGUUCACGGUGGGCGGCGACCGCUGCAGCCGCCUCGCCGACCAGGCACGACACCACAGCAAUGAGGUGGUGGUAUGCGACAACCUGUGCCUGCCGUUCCGCGACGAGUCGUUCGACGCGGUGCUGUCCAUCGCGGUGGUGCACCACUUCGCGACGGUGGAGCGCCGCGCGAUGGCGCUGCGGGAGCUCGCGCGGAUCACGAGGAUUGGCGGCCGGCUGCUGCUCACCGUGUGGGCGAUGGAGCAUGAGGGACGGAACUUCCAUUCGCAGGAUGUACUUAUACCGUGGCAUCGGCCGGCGACAUUAUACCCCCCGCCGCCCGCACCGAGAUUCCUGUCGGUCGAAUAUGAACAUUGCUCCGAGCCGUGGAAGAGCCGCGAUGGUUCGCCGGGGUCCUCUUCGCUAUCGUCACCGAACGAAACCUGCUACUCCUUCGUGCGGCGAGCUCUACAAAGACUAGCGGGCCGACGGUCGUUCCUUCCCUCUUGGACGAUAGGAACGAGAAUAACGCAGAGACCGUGUCCCCGCCCCGAACCUCCCGCCGCAGACCUCCCGAUCGAAUUGAGGCGACUGGACGAAGUUCUGCCCCCUCGGUUAGUCACACAAACUUCGGAGACGUCGACUUUAAAAUCACGCAGUCUCACGGAUAUCGCUGAGAUCGAACGUCAUGGACUAGUUCGUUCUAGAUCCAGUCUCCCUAGCUUAGGUGGCGACGACAGCAAACCCACCGUCGCAGAACCAGUACCCGAAGCUACUCCCGAACCACGGAAGAAGCCUCGCUUAGUCAAACAAAAGAAAUCGAUUAACGAGGACGACGCAGACGAAGAUUUAGACAAGCCGACCGAUAUGAAAAGUAUGGUCGAGGAAAUGCCCAAUUUUAAAGUACACACUCAAAAAUUACAUUCGAAAAAACCCGGGGUCUUUAAACAGACGUCCCUCAACGAGGAACUCAUGUCAGUAGAGAGAUUGAGAGAAAAGGAGCGACUAAGGAAAAAUAUACAGAAACAAGCAUCGCUCAAUGAAGAAUAUUUGUAUAGAAGACCGGGUACGCUCGAUUCAAUUCGUGACUCCAUAUUUUCGACAUCUGCAACAACCGCCAAAAAGUUUCAGUCGCUAAAGAAUGGCCUUACAAAUAAGUUCAAAACUUCUACAACGAAUAUAGAUAAAGUAACAGUAUUUGUUAGAAUGCUCCAGGGGUGGAAGAGUCACGGUCCGGUACCAGAAGUUCCUACGCCUAAUGACAAUAAUGUAGUUAACGAGAAAAAUUUCCCCGAAAGACGACAUUCAAAAGAAGAUGGUUCUGAUUCAUCAAAAGAUAGUAGUUUACAAAGUGACACUAGUGUUGAUUCUGAAGAUAGUUUCGCUUCAGUAAUCUAUGUCCCAAAAGCGGACGGGUCUGGAGACCCAUUAUCACCUGGACCAUUAUCACCGGGUCCAACGUCACCAAGAUUAAAAGUUUCUUCUGUCCCUACGUCUCCAAGAAUGAAAAGCUCCCCAGGCUUACCUUCACCGAGAAUUAAACAAGCUUUUCCAUUAAUUAGGCCUCCUUCAUCUCCAAAUGCAGUGACAGCUCCUGGAGCAGUGCAUAAUAAAAUUCUAGUAGCACAAUAUAGUCUAAAGAACUACUCUACAACGAAUUCAGCAACAACUGUAGCUCAAAAACCGUUAUCAAAGAGUCAACCAAAUUCACCGCCAAAGGUGGAAUCGGAUGAUGACGUUUUUAAACUAGAACCUGAACCACCUCCACCUACUAUACCCAUACCUAUCCCGGUGCCGAUUGAAAUAUAUAACGAUCCCAUUCCUCCCAUUAAAGAAGAGGAAGAGACGCCUAGUGAUGUGACAAGGGAAUUAUUGGCGGAAAUCAAUAAAGACAUUGAAGAAAUACACAAGUUAACAAUAGAAACAAACGACAUAAAGCCUAGAAUAUUAUUACAGGACGUCAAACCUUACCCAAAAAUUACUUUACAAACCGUUGCGGAAUUACCGGAGAUACCACAAUUCAAACCAAAACAACCAAGUAAAUUACCUACAACUGACGCACUCGAUGCUAAAGUUGCUGACAAGAAACGAAGGGAAAGAAUACGACAAAUAAAAGAAAUGCUGAAAAAAGGUAUACCACCAAUAAAUAUAAGCAGAAGGCCUCCAUUUCCGAUUGUACGCACAACAAGUGCUUCAGAGCCUAUAGCAAAAAGUCACCCCAAAUUGAUGUCAAUAGAAUUGUUUAACCCAGCAACUGAUGAUAUGGAUAGUGAUUCUAGUGGUGUGUCGUCGCCCGACUCUGUUGACAGUGUUAUUAGUGUCGUACCAGAGGAACUUCGCAAAAUCGCUUUGGAAAAAGAUUUGUCAAAUUCUUCUUCAUUGGAAGCAAAGAAAGACGAUGCUCGCGAGUUAACACCGGUAGAGAAAUCUCCCUCGACCUCACCCGCUCCCCCUCUUAUUGAAGCCGUCGCGGAAGUUGCACAAACACUCGAUGAGACAUGUGAAACAGUUAUCCAGUCAAGUCCUAGAUCAAAAAGACGUCAUUUAGAAAAACUAGAGAGCGCAGAAGCAAUGGCCAUAGUACAGGGAGCUUCCAGUAGUAGCAGCAGUAGCAAUUGGAGUCUUAAUAAGUUAUCUCCUGGUGAUUUACGGAUACUAGAAGACAGGUCACGGUCGCAAUCACAUACUAGCUCCAGCGGCAGUUCUUCGAGCUUAGAGAGGCUUUCUCCCGGUCGAAGAUCAAAGGACAGAUCUCCAAGACAAGGAAGUACAAGUAACUCUACUUGGAGCCUCAAUAGACUUUCGCCUAAUCGACCUGAAGGUAGAUCACUCGAUGAAAAUCUUACCAAAACUCAUAGGAGUCCAACACGAUUACCCUAUGAUUCCAUAUCUAUGUCCAGUACAGAUUCAGAUAAAUCAAUAUCAAAAUCUGAAAGCUUCAACAGGAUACAAGCGAACGAACCUUUAGUUACUUGUAAAUCAGACAUGAUCGCUAAAGAAGAAGAGUGGGUAACAGAACAACAAGAUCGUAGCAGUAAUUUAACUGAGUUUGCAGAAAAAUUAAGUGAAAAACUAAUGCAAGAAAUUGACCAAUACUCGAAACGUAUUAAUGAAGAAGAUUUUGACUUAACUAGUAGUAGCAGUAGUGAAAAGAGCAUUUCAUUAAGAUUAAAAAGAGAAGAGGAAGAUAGAAAUACUCAGAAAAUACUCGAUGAACUAUCGGAUAGCUUACAACAUUUAGAAGAUCCGCAAAAUAAACUAGGCUUAGAUUCAGCGUCAAACACCGUAAAAUCUGAUUGUAAUAAGAUUAUUACAUCUAUUCAGGAUACGCCAGAAUCAGAAAUCAACAAGCUUUUCCCCAAGUGUAUUACGAAGACCAAGGGUAAGAAACGAUCAAAGGAUGUAGACCCGAUUAUUAAUAAGUAUAGAGAGCUUAAGAAGACAAUGAAAGUGACAAGCGACGAAGACAUUUACCUUAAUAAUUUUGCCAACGUUCAAUAUAACGUUAAACCAACAAACGAUGAUAAAUUUACAGAUUUGGAUACGAAAAACCCGGACGAAGAUAGUGCAAUUUCUUCGAGCAACGGUAAUCCAGAAAUAACAAUCGACUCUGGAGCGUAUGACACAAGUCAAUCACUGGAAACCGGUUACUCACUUGAGUCCGAAAUAAGCGUAGAUUCUCUAUGUACCAGUACCGAUAAAAGAUCUUCGCUUAAAGUGGGUCAGUCAACGGACUCGAGCGACUUGGAUAAAAUGGAAAUAAGUCCAGAAUCUAUUACUUCGAGGUCCAGUGCGAGCACGGCUCCUUUGAAAUCUGGUUUUUCUAUAGAGUCGAGCGACACCUCUGCCGGGAGCGACUGGAGCAGGCGAGACAAGACCGGCAGCACAGCGUCACUCGGCUGCGCGAGUUUGGCUUCGUUGCCCUCCUGCAGCGAGUGCUCCAAAGAGAGGAAGUUUAUGGAAAUUCGUUCGUCGUCGGAGGAAACGGCGACCUUACCGGCCGUGCCAGCGCGAGCGAUGCCUCACGCUCCACUACUGCCUUCCCUCAGCGACGGCUCCGACAGCUUGCCGUCAGAGGGGGGCGCCGUAACGUACCACAGGUACUAUCACGUGUUUAAGAAGGGUGAACUAGACCAACUGAUAGAGAAGUACGUGGAGAGCCUCCACGUGGUAUCGUCCUACUAUGACCAAGCCAGUUGGUGUGUAAUCGCCGAGAAAGUUCAAGUGUGGACCAUUUAAUAUGGUUUUUUGUCCGUAAGUCUCAAUAUUUCUAGACACUCGAGUGCUGCAAAUUCUAAGUGACCUUCCUAACGAACUCUUAGUGAGUGUUAAGAGAAUAUUAUUGGUAUCGAAUUCGCCUGGGGCGCCGGGCGACUCCGUUAGAAUUGCCAAAUGCGAUGCUAUUGUUUCUAUUUCUUAUAAUUUAUUGAUACUCGAUAUAUCUAGCUGUUAUAUCUUAUAAAUCUAUAAUCGAAGCCCGCUACGAACAGUAGCUUAUAUAAUUCGAUUGGGCCUUAGGUAUUUAAUGCGAUUAUAGAGUUCGCAUAAAAAGAAAACUAAGAGCUUUAAAUAGUGAAAAUUAAAUAUAUAUUAUAUACUUCAGCGGCUCAAUAUAUUAUAAGCUAUCCGUAGCUUAACGAUAAUAUACUAUCGAGAACUAUACAGAUGUAUAUCGUAUCGUUUACAGAUUAAAUUAUUUUAUACCAUUAUCCAAGAUCAAAUUUGUAUUUAGUAGGCGCUCUUUACUUGUAUCUGUACAUUGUAUAUAAUUCUGACAAUAACAUAACUAAAUUCGUUUUUAGAUUUAUAAAAUUACAUAUCGCUUCCUAAAUUAAGUUUUGCCUAUAACCAAUUUUUGGUUUUUGGAUGUGGUAUAAAAAUCUAUGAAAAAACAUUCAUUACAGGUGUUCAGUAUUACAAAUGUCAAAGAGCUGGCCUCGUUUUUACAACAUAUUCUAUUACAGUAACCUUUAACGAUGUUCUUAGACUACUUCCCUGCAAACACCUCUAGUAUCAUUCUAAUUCGGACCACACGUGAUGAAUAAAUUAGCUAUUCGAGUUAGAGGCUUAGAAACGAGUAGCAGAUAUAUAAAAACCGCAGUACAAAAGUUUAUACUACAAAGAAAGUAAUGGGAAUGGAUACAUUUCUGGACGACUUUACACUU